AUGGGCGACGCCAGUAGCACACCUCGCUUGCGCACUCGAAUAUCUACUUGCGCGAGGUUUACUCUCACCCGCAUCCUGAGAGACCCGCCUCCAAAACGUAACGAUACACCUUUGAACUUUACCGAAAAUAUCCCCAAUGCCGUAUCAGUAGACGGGACUGGUCCGUACCUUAGAGUUAGUAACAACGUUCAAGAACAAUCGCGGAGACUAUGGAUAGUGCAGAACCGCCGUGACGGAUCCAGAACAACAUCAAGCAUCCGAACGUGGUUAUUGAAAUUUCGCAUUGGUGGCAAUGAAGGCCAGACAAAAUCCGUAACUGGGCCCCAUGGUGGUUUCUCGAGUAUACCGGGGCAGGGAAGUCAUGCUCAAGGCAAAGAAAGGGCUCAUGGGUCAUCGGCUGGCAAUCAUCGAAAGGCUCUCGGCCACCUGAUACCGAGCGGAUUUGGUACGAUGCUAUACGGCGGUGGAGGAAGUAGACACAAUGGCGUUGUUGGCACCGGCACCGAUAUCAUGACGGUGUUUCCAACGGAAAUUAUCGCACAGAUCUUAUCGUACCUCGAUCACAAAUCACUUCUGUCUUGCGAACUAGUAUCGCGUUAUUGGUAUUCAGCAGCACUCUCUUCUCAUGUAUGGAGAAAUACCUUUGAAGCAGAGUACGGUAAAUUGAAACCCAGCAGACUAUAUGGUAGAGAUUGGAAGUCGAUGUUUGAAGUCAAGAGGAGCCUUAACAGACGAUGGCUGAAAGGUCAAGUCAACCCGACCUACCUCAGGGGCCAUUCAGACUCUGUAUAUUGCGUUCAAUUCGACCAGGAAAAGAUAAUCACUGGCUCGCGGGACCGCACCGUCCGGGUGUGGGAUAUCGCCACUGGCCAAUGCCUUAGGGUUAUAGGGGCAUCUCAUGAUCCUAGACCCGGCUCAAGCACCAUCGGGUAUCAUAAAGGGUCGGUUUUAUGUUUGCAGUUUGACGACCGGAUUCUCGUGACUGGGUCGAGCGAUCACACAUGCAUUAUCUACUCGCUCCCGGACUUCGAACCAUUUCUAACACUACAGGGCCAUAGAAUGGGCGUCCUCGACGUUUGUUUCGACGAGUCGCAUAUUGUUUCAUGUUCCAAAGAUACAUCAAUCUGUGUUUGGGAGCGAUCCACAGGGCUUUUGUUGAACCGACUGCGAGGGCAUGAAGGACCGGUCAAUGCUGUUCAACUGCGGGGCAAUGUUGUGGCGAGCGCGUCGGGGGAUGCUAAUAUCAAAAUAUGGGAUAUUGAGAACGGAAAUUGCAUGAGAACACUCAGCGGGCAUACACGAGGUCUGGCGUGUAUCCAGUUGUCAGAGGAUCGUCAGACAGUUGUCUCUGGGGGCAAUGACCAAUCUAUCCGGGUGUGGGAUGUUGACAGUGGUCAUCUUCGGUAUGAGAUCCGGGAUGCGCACAAAUCGUUGGUGCGUAGUUUAUACCUCGAUAGCCAGAACGAGAGAAUAAUCAGCGGCAGCUAUGAUCAGAGCGUUCGAGUGUGGGAUCUUAAAGAAGGAAAGUCGCUGUUGAAUUUCCCACGAUGGCACGGGAGCUGGAUACUGGCAGCUCGAGCAGAUGAUAGACGGAUUGUGAGCACGAGUCAGGACUCGCAGGUGCUGGUAUUGGAUUUCUCAAGCGGGAUCCGGGGACUGGAGAACAUGUUCCCAGUUCCAUCAAAAAUCAUCUAG